UCUUCUCGUGGAAGACAGAUCUGAGUGUUGCAGCCACGAUGCCUGAGCCAGCCAAGUCCGCUCCUGCCCCGAAGAAGGGCUCCAAGAAGGCGGUGACCAAGGCGCAGAAGAAGGACGGCAAGAAGCGCAAGCGCAGCCGCAAGGAGAGCUACUCGGUGUACGUGUACAAGGUGCUGAAGCAGGUGCACCCGGACACGGGCAUCUCGUCCAAGGCCAUGGGCAUCAUGAACUCGUUCGUCAACGACAUCUUCGAGCGCAUCGCGGGCGAGGCGUCGCGCCUGGCGCACUACAACAAGCGCUCGACCAUCACGUCGCGGGAGAUCCAGACGGCCGUGCGCCUGCUGCUGCCCGGCGAGCUGGCCAAGCACGCCGUGUCCGAGGGCACCAAGGCCGUCACCAAGUACACCAGCUCCAAGUAGACUCGUGCUUGGGCACAAUUCACCCCAAAGGCUCUUUUCAGAGCCAC